UUCACUGGGCUGCCUCUGCAGGCUGUGGGGCCCCAGGAGGUCCCACCCACUCCGCAUGAUGGCAUUCCCCCUUUGCAGCACAUCAGGCUUUCUUGGGCAGCUGUUAGGAGUCCUAUGUCAAACCAGGGUAGCCUGGGGUGCUGAUGGACUGGCGCUGGCAGCUUCUAGAAGCUCCCUUUGGGGCUGAGGUUAAAGAGAAAACCCGUAGGCAGUAGUGUCAUGUGGCCUGUGCUCCUGCUUCAGCGCUAACCAACCACAAUAUUCUCUUCCUUGCUUGUCAUGAACGACUCCAGACAGGAAGCAUUGCUUUCACAGGUGGUCAAGCCAGAGACCCAGUGCCAGUAAGAUGGCCAUGCCCACCAGCUACCCCACAUGGCCCAGAACUUUAGGCCUCUGACGAGAGUCCUUGCCAUGCACUGAUGGACAGGUGCGCAGCCAGCAGGAGAAUGAAGGGAGAAGGCAUGGAUGGUCCAGAGCAGUGCCCUGCCAGCCCCCAGCUGCAGGAUCCCCAGGGUGCCUGUGCUCACCUCCUUGCCUAGCUUCUGCUCAGUGCCGCCUACCCUCCCCUGGCUGCAGAUGGAGCUCUCCAGGGUGCCCCCUCCACAGCUUGGGAAAGGUCACACAGCCUUGGAGGCCGGCAAGGGAGUGGAUAUCAAAGCCCCAAAGAAUUAAGAGAUCAUGGAAUUUUACAGCCUAGUGGCCAAUUUCUAAGUCAUGCACACUAAUGGGCAGCUAAUGAAGGAUUCUGGGCAGAGACAGGAGCAUGCCCUGAGCCCCUGAGCCUGAUUAAGGAGUACAAAGCUUUAGCUGCUGACUGAUCUUUUUCCUUAGGAGGCUGGGGCAGGGGUGUGUGUGGGUGGGCUGUUGAGCCUCCUGGCUCCUGGAAGGUGUGGUAUGGCACCGGUCACCUAUAUGCUACUGGGCGUGGCCCCUCUCCCUGCCAGCCUGGACUCCUGCCCUGAUCCUACUGCCUACUCCCCUAUAGCAUCCACCUCCACCUUCCCCAGAUUUAACAGCCCCGCUCUAGUGAGGAGGACAUGGAGUUGAAAGGCUAUCCAGCUCGGCAUAGCCACUGAACGCCAGACCCCAGGCCAGCAAGUGAACCGGGCCAUAGCUAUGGAGCCCCAGGAGCCCCAUGAAAACAGAAGGCGCAUCCCCCAGAUCCUGCUGAGGGAGGAUGGCCCUUCCACAUGCUGUCCUCAGACCUGGGUCUCCAGAAUGACAGCUAAAUCCCUAAUGUUUCAAGCCACCAAGUUUGUGGCAUUUGGUUACAGCUGCCCCAGGAGCUUUCACUGGGGGAAACCUAGUGACUUCCCUCUUCUUUUUGGAGUCUCUUCCAUCCUCCUUCGUCCAAGUCCUUCCACCCUUAGUACUUCCUGUGUGCUAACUCUUGUCAACACAGGGCAGGGGGCCAGUGGAAUCACAGCCUUCCCAGGCAGUCACGCUGAGACGCUGUCAGGCAUUUAGUGAGCACCAGCUGCGUGGAGCCUCAAGGAGGUCGCCAAGUCAGGGUUGAGAUACUAGAAACACAGGAGGAAACAGCACUUUGGGGCCGUCCCUGACAGAUAGGCUGAUUGGAUGGGGUGGGGCCCUGGGCAGAGAAGAUGUCUGAUGGAAAGCAGUUCUCAGCAGGGUCCAUCUGAGAAACAGAGGUAGACAGGCAGGUGGGUUCUCAGGCCCCACCCCCGGGGCUCACUGAGGCAGGAAUGCCAGGGAUGGACUGGCCACUUGUAUGCAGGAGCCCUCCAAGGGAUCCCCAAGAAGCGAGUGGGGGCCAGGCUUCCAAGAAGAAGCCGAUGAAAUGCCUGGCUUGAUCUUGACAUCUUAGUGUGUCUUCCAGAGCAGGGCUUGUCUUCCGCCAGCUGAGUAGCCGCGCAUAGGUUCAGUGCUUCGAAGGUUGCUCUUCCCCUCAGUGUAGCUCCCUCCUAGAGCUCAUUAGGAAUCAAGAUCGUCGGGCUUCCUCACUGUGGAGGCAAUCAGUCUGCCUUUCAACAAGGUACAUCUGAGGCACGGGGUUAGUUUGAGAAGCGCCCACCACUGGCGUUGUAAGGGGCAGGGAGACGACCUCCCAGGAGUGCUUUAGGGACCCUUCCACAGAUGCGCCUCCAUGAGACAUACUGCCAUAUCACCACAUUGAGUGAUGGUGAUAGACUCAGCCCAGUGCCUUCCAAAACCCUCCCCCAGACUAGAGGGAGGCCUUGAGGGGCUGCUGAGGGCAGAGGCUCUGAAGAAACUGACCCCCAGCCUGCAGUGGGUGGGAUCGACUUCUGGGUGCCUGGCCCUGAUGGAUUCCAGCUGGGCUCUCUCCUGUAAGCUGCUGACAAAGCCACACCCCCAGGGAGGGGCCUCUGCAGGUCACAAGAAUUAAGACAUCCCGCUGAGGUCCAUUGCAAGCUUCUGGGACAGGUGGUCCUGGUCUGGCCUCUCUGUCCUUCAGACUUGGAUCCUUAACCCAACAUAUGCCCUCUAGGGUCCCCUUAAUGAACAGCUCAAGAGCCCCAUCCCUGCAGAGGUAGACUCUCCUUCCACCCGCCCCCCAGGGCCCCAGCAGUGCAGCCAAAGCACCAAGAGGAAGCCUAAGUUCGAGUCUGCUGACCCAGGACUGGGGGGUACCUGCCUGGGUUUGGUAAGGAUUAGGGCUCCGGGCACUGCGGGAGCUGAAAUUGGAAUUACGGUUAUAGGUGGGGGUCAGAGAGGAAGCACCCACCAGGAGAGAGGAAGCUGGGGCUUUGGGAGCGGGGGAUGAGGUCAGGGUCGCCUGGAGAUUAGCGGGAGGACAGGGGAGAGAAGAAACAUAAAAAGUUAGAGGGCCGGGGUAAAUGAACAUGGGCCCCUUGGGAAGAGAGGAGGGGAAACUGAGGAGGCCAGGGCAGGGAGGAGUGCCAUGGUUGCCCUGCCUGGUGCUGACCUGGUUUUGAGACCUAAGGGAGGAGAGAGGAAGGUCUGAUGCUAGCCUUCCCUCUCUGUCCCGCUGCGGCCCCAGUCAUGGAAGGGCAGACCGGAGGGAGCAGCUGUCUUCUGGAGAAACCCAUCCAUGCCGCCACCAACCCCACUCUGUCCUCACUGGGUGCCUUGUUCAUCCUCCUGAAGUCCGCCCUGGGCGCCGGCCUGCUCAACUUCCCGUGGGCCUUCUACAAGGCAGGAGGCUUGGUGCCCACCUUCCUGGUGGCACUGGUCUCUUUGCUCUUCCUGAUCAGCGGCCUGGUCAUCCUGGGCUACGCAGCCUCCAUCAGCGGCCAGACCACCUACCAGGGCGUGGUUCGUGAGCUGUGUGGGGCUGCCAUGGGGAAGCUGUGUGAAGCCUGCUUCCUGACCAACCUGAUCAUGAUCUCUGUGGCCUUCCUCAGGGUGAUCGGGGACCAGCUGGAGAAGUUGUGUGACUCCCUCCUGCCCGACGCCCCACAGCCCUGGUAUGCAGCCCAGAACUUCACUCUGCCCCUGGUCUCCGCCCUGCUCAUCUUUCCCCUGUCAGCCCUUCGGGAAAUCGCCUUCCAGAAGUACACCAGCAUCCUAGGUACCCUGGCCUCUGGCUACCUUGCCCUGGUCAUCACAGUGCAGUAUUACCUAUGGCCCCAGGGCCUCGUGCGCCAGUCCCGACCCUUGCUGAGCGCGCCCCCCUGGACCUCUGCCUUCAGCGUCUUCCCUACCAUCUGCUUCGGAUUCCAGUGUCACGAGGCCGCAGUCUCCAUCUACUGCAGCAUGCGGAACCAGAGCCUCUCCCACUGGGCCCUGGUCUCUGUGUUGUCCUUGCUGGCCUGCUGCCUUGUCUACUCACUGACAGGGGUGUAUGGCUUCCUGACCUUUGGGACUGAAGUCUCUGCUGAUAUCUUGAUGUCCUACCCAGGCAAUGACAUGGCCAUCAUUGUAGCACGCAUUCUCUUUGCCGUCUCCAUUGUGACUGUCUACCCCAUUGUACUGUUCCUGGGGAGGUCUGUGAUGCAGGACUUUUGGAAAAGGAGCUCCUGGGCCACACGGGGUCCCCCAGUGCUGGCUGACCCCUCGGGGCCAUGGGUUCGGCUGCCACUGACCUUCCUGUGGGUGUCAGUGACCCUCGCCAUGGUCUUGUUCCUGCCGGACCUCAGCGAGAUCAUCAGCAUUAUCGGCGGCAUCAGCUCCUUCUUCAUCUUCAUCUUCCCUGGUUUGUGCCUCAUCUGUGCUGUGGACGUGGAGCCCAUGGGACCAAGAGUCAAGUGCUGCCUAGAGGCCUGGGGCACCCUCACCGUGCUGGUGGGCACUUUCAUUUUCGGGCAGAGCACAGCCGAGGCUGUGGUGGAGUUGCUCUGAGAGGCCUCUGGGAAAAGGGACCGUCCUGCCUGCGGGCUGCCUACCCAGCUCGGCUCCUCCUACGGCUCCUGGUGAGGAAGGAUUGCUGGGACAAGUUACCACCAGCUGGUGACUCAGGACCGUCGAUACUCAGGCGACUGAAAGCUGGAGUCUUGGCUUGAGUGUGGUGGGCCAUGCUGCCUCGGAAGGUUCUGGAGUGCUGCUCCUGCUGUCCUCCUCUGGUGGCUGCAAGAGAUCCUUAGUGGUCCUGGCUUGUAGGUGUGUCUGUCAUUCAGGGUCUCUGUAUUCGUGGUUCCACAGUCAGUACCUGCCCUGUGUGUCUCUGUUCAAGCUCCCCUUUCCCAAGCAGGAUGCCAGCUACCCAGGCUGGGCCCAUCUCCUGUUAGUAAGCACUUGCCUGCACUGGCAGUAUCUCCUCUUAGUUACCAAAGACGUGUGUCUUAGUUACUGUUCCAUUGCUGUGAAGAGACACAUGAUCAAGGUAAGUUACAGAAGAGUUCAUGGGGGGCUUACAUUUUCAGAGGGUUAGAGUCUAUGACCGUCACAGUGGGGGGCAUGGUGGCAGGCAGGCAGGCAUGGUGCUGGAGCAGUAGCUGAGAGUUUACAUCCUUAUCUACAAGCACAGGACAAAGAGAACACACUAGGAAUGGUGGGGGCUUUUGAAACCUCAAAGCCCACCCCCCAGAGACACACCUCCUCCAACAAGGCCACGCCUCCUAAUCCUUC